AUGACCAUAAUCAUUCAAAAAGUGAAGGAUUUUGUUUCGGAUAAAAAAGUUAUAGAACAUGGUCUAUUAGUAUUGUUAGCAGAUGAUUGCUUUACUGACCUUUCAACAACAUCUCUAAGCAUAUUUAUUAAUAGAAUUUACAAAUUAAAAGUUUGGAAUAAUUGGACAAAUAACUUGAUUCAAAUGAAAGCAGCUAUUUGCUUUGUUGUAGGAGAUGAAUUUCAAGCACAGCAAGUACAGUCUAUACUAAAAUCAAAUAAAUCUGAGGCACAGUCCUACUUUAUUGUUCAUAAGCAAACGAAGAUAGUAUAUAAAAAUGAUGGCCCUUGUACUUUUAUUUUAAAACUAUAA